AUGGCUAGAAGGAUGACAUCAUAUAUGACAGAUAACAACUAUGUAGACACUUCAGUACAGAGGGGCGGAAUACCAGGAUUCUCAGGAUGUAUUGAACAUACAAGCAUCAUUUCACAACUUAUUCAAGAGGCCAAAGUGAACAAGAAAGAUCUGACAGUAGUAUGGCUAGAUUUGGCCAAUGCCUAUGGUACUGUUCCUCACAUGCUGAUACAACAAUCACUAGAUCAUUACCAUAUUCCCGACCACUUUAAGAAAGUGAUAAGAAGUUAUCUCAGUGGGAUUGAGCUGCGAUUUACAACAAGCACUUUUACAACAACAUGGCAGAAACUACAAAAAGGAAUAGUUACUGGAUGUACCAUCUCAGUUAUAUUGUUUGUCAUGGGAAUGAAUAUGAUUAUUAAAUCUGGUGAGAGAGAAACUAGAGGCCCGAAAACAUCAACUGACAUCAGGCAACCACCAAAUAGAGGGUUCAUGGACGACUUAACCAUCACUACAGAUACCCAUAUACAGGCUAGAUGGAUAUUAAAGGCCUUGGAAGAGACAGUAACAUGGGCAAGGAUGUCUUUCAAGCCAAAGAAGUCUAGAGCUCUAAUUAUAAGGAAAGGGAAGAGAACACACCAAGUCGAACUGAAGGUGCAAGGAGAACAUGGAGAAGUCAUUCCAUCAAUAAUAGACAAUCCCAUCAAGUGCGUAGGAAAAUGGUAUGAUGACUCUCUUAGUGACAAAAACGAUAUCAAGAGAAUUGAACAACAGGUUUCAGAGGGAAUGAGGAGCAUCGACAAGACAGGUCUACCAGGAAAAUUGAAGGCAUGGAUAUACCAACAUGGACUCCUGCCAAGAAUAUCAUGGCCACUUAUGCUAUACGAAAUAACGUUAACAACAGUUGAGAAGCUUGAAAGAACCAUCAACAGACAUCUAAGGAAAUGGUUAGGUGUCCCUCCAAGUUUUACAACUGUAGGACUAUACAGCAGAACCGCAAAGUUGCAGCUACCAUUUACAUCUCUAGUGGAAGAAUUUAAAGUUAGCAAAAGUCGCCUUGUGAUGACACUGAAAGAAUCUAGAGAUCACAAAGUAAGAACAGCAGGUGUCCAAGUAAGAACAGGACGGAAAUGGUCAGCAUCAAAAGCAGUUUCAGAGGCAGAGAGUAGAUUGAGGCAUAAAGAUAUUGUUGGAACAGUGGCAGUAGGACGACAGGGCCUUGGUACAUCUAAAAGUGUCUUCUGGAAGAACGCUAACACACAAGAAAGACGAAGUCUUGUCCAAAGAGAGAUAAAAUCUAGAGAAGAAGAAAACAGACAAGCAAAGACAGUAGAAUUAGAGAGCCAAGGUGCUUGGUCGAGAUGGGAUUUGGAACAACGAUCCCUUACAUGGUCAGAUAUAUGGCGAUAUCCGCAAUACCAACUGCAGUUCCUUCUGAGAUUAGUGUAUGAUGUGUUACCGACACCUUCAAAUCUGCACAGGUGGAAACUAUCAGAAACACCAGACUGUCCCUUGUGCGGAAACAGAGGAACUCUACAACAUGUUCUUUCAGGGUGCAAUAUCGCUCUUACACAGGGGAGAUUUACUUGGCGACACAACCAAGCUUCAUUAUAA